ACAGAACAUCAAAAUAUAAUGCCGUCCAAUAAUUUAUGGCUUGCAAGAGUAAGGCAUCAACGACACCUGUUGGAUAAAGCUCCACAUGCAGAAGCGUACAUAUCGGACGAUUAUCCAAAACCAUUUAAGGUUAACCGAGGACCUGGUUCAAAGACUGGAUUGACGGUGCAAGAUUCGGAUCGUCAAAUUGUAAACCACAAACCUGUGUUCACUAAUUGCUCGAAUUAUCAACCUAGUGUAAAAGAAGAACAACCAACAAACACAUAUGUGUUCACCGUAAAAGCAGUUGACAAAGAUCCUCUCGACGAUGGAGGUACCAUCACAUACACUUUUGUCAGCGCCCCUGGAGAACGAUCCAAGUUUUCUAUUGACAGUCAAACCGGAGAAAUUACUACCAAAUACAUGUUUGAUCGGGAUGAACCUACUCGAGAAAAGGAAGUUUACGUCACGGUUAGGGCUACCGAUAAUGGUAAACCACACCUGGACGACGUAUGUACGAUUAAGGUGACCAUUGAAGAUGAAAACGAUAAUUCUCCAGUUUUUGAUAAAGUGGUCUACCGAGGAUUCAACUAUAAGAAUUAUGUUGAGUCUGUUCCUCAAGACUUGGCUGUAAAUAAUGAAGUAAUGAGAAUAUCAGCAACAGACAUCGAUGAUGGAAUGAAUAGUGCCAUAUUGUACGAUUUAUCUCCCAGAGUACCUCAGGAUUCAGAAUAUUUUCGUAUUGACCAAAAUACAGGCGUAAUUUAUCUAGCUCGCCCUAUUGAUAGAGAACCGUCUUACAAGUUCAAAAUGAGAGCCACUGCCACAGAUCAAGGUUUAGUGCCUAAAUCAGCUACCAUGGAUCUAGAAAUUAUGGUAGUGGAAUCACACAAAAAAGCUCCUACGUUUACAUCUGUAAUACCUGAGGGUACAAUUUAUCUACCUGAAAACUUAACUGAUUUUAGCUACAACAUUGCCACAAUUACAGCAGAAUCAAAUACUGAUGAAAGAGCUCCAGUGUUUGAAUUAGUUCCUGGUCGAACAGAACAAUCUAAUAAACUAAGCACAUUCCGAUUAGAAUCAACAGGAAACACUGCACACAUACGAUUAGCUAGACACUUAGACUUCGAAUCUAUAUCAGAAUAUGUUCUUAAUAUUCGUAUUCAAAAUAAACACAACUUAGCUGCUGAACAUCAAUUAAACAUUCAACUGGAAGAUGUUAAUGAUAAUAUACCUGCAUUUACUGAAGUUGUAUCAGGAUCAGUUUUAGAAAAUGAGCCUCCUGGUACACCUGUUAUGCAGGUGCGUGCCAUUGAUGCCGAUUCUACUUUAGCAAACAAUAGAGUAACCUACGAAUUAGCUGAUAACAAAGAAUUUUUCGCCAUUGAUCGAUAUACUGGAAAUAUUACUACCCUUGUAGAGUUUGAUCGAGAGAAACAAGAUGUGUACAAUGUUAAGGUUAUAGCUACUGAUAAUUCUCCAUCAUCCCUUUACUCAACAGGCGAACCUAAUAAAGGUGAACAAGUGUUCCGUAUUGAAAUUGCUGAUAAGAAUGAUCAUGCUCCAAAAUUCACCCAGUCUGUUUAUGAAGCUGAAGAAAUUCCAGAAGAUGCUAAUCUAAAUGCUUUGGUAACUGAAGUGAAAGCUUUAGACCAAGAUACUGCCUCACCUGUCACAUACAGUAUUGUUGAAGGCAAUACUUUCAAUGCUUUUUUAAUUGAAAAUACCACUGGUAAAAUCAAAGUUAAUAGUCAACUAGAUUAUGAAAAUAUUACAAAUUAUGUUUUAAAAGUGAGAGCUUAUGAUGGGCGUUAUGAAGAUUUUUGUACUGUAGAAAUUAAAAUAUCUAAUGUCAAUGAUAUGCAACCUGUAUUCCGCCAAUAUGAGAGUAAUAUUACAAUCAUGGAAGAAGAACUAGUUCCAGGAUGUAUAACUAAAUUGGAAGCUUAUGAUCCUGAUAUUCAAGAUCAAUCAUUGGAUCAACAUAUUGUUUACUCAGUAGUAAAAGAAGACCAACGUAAAUUGAUGACUAUUGAUAAAAACGGAUGCCUUUCAUUAAUUAAACCUUUAGAUCGUGAUCCACCUAAUGGUUAUGCUACUUGGCAAGUCAUUAUACAAGCAACAGACAAUGGUGGAAUUCCAAAAUGUUUACAACAAACUACAGAGGUUAUUAUUGUUUUGAGGGAUAUUAAUGACAAUGCUCCAUUUUUAGAUAUGCCUGGUCCAGUAGUAUGGCGUGAAAAUCAAUCACCUGGCACUAUAACUAGAUUACAAGCUAAAGACAAUGAUGGACCUGAAAAUGGUGCUCCAUUUGAAUUUUCAAUUUCACCCGAUGCUUCUUAUGAAAUACAAACUAAAUUUGGAAUUUCUGGAUCUGAACUUCAAGCUUUGACAACAUUUGAUCGUGAAGAAAAAAAAGUUUAUGAGAUUCCCAUCACAAUAUCAGAUAGUGGAAUUCCAAAAAUGACUGGAACAAGCAAAUUACUUGUAAUUAUUGGUGAUGAAAAUGAGAACCCAAUGAAGCCAGGACGAAGUUCAAUAUUUGUUUACACUUAUAAAGGAGAAUCACCUGACAUGGAAAUUGGUCGAGUUUAUGUUGAUGAUCCUGAUGACUGGGAUUUACAUGAUAAAAAGUUCAGAUGGUUAAAUGGUCCACAUUUAAACUUUGAUCUUAAAUCUGAAACUGGUAUGAUAACCAUGCUUCAGGGGACUAGGGAACAGACCUAUGUUUUAGAAUUUGAUAUUACUGAAGAAAGCCGUUUAAUUCCCAGACACUCAGUAAAUGCAACUGUUGUUAUAACUGUGAAAGAAAUUCCAGAAGAAGCUGUUGAUAAAUCAGGGUCGGUUCGAUUAGCUGGUAUAUCCGCUGAAGAAUUUAUUACACCUAAUCAAUAUGGUGUUAGUAAAGCUACAAUUUUAAGGGAAAAAUUAGCAUUAAUUUUGAAUGCUAGCAUAGAAAAUGUAGAUGUAUUUACAAUUUUGCAUUCACCAACCAAUCCUAACACUACACAACUUGAUGUUAGAUUUUCGGCUCAUGGUUCACCUUAUUAUCAGCCUGAAAGGAUUAAUUCUGCGAUUGACUUACACCAAGCUGAGCUUGAAAAAGAAUUGGGUGUAGUUUUUCUUAUGGUUAAUAUUGAUGAAUGUUUAGUAGAAAAACUUUAUUGUGAAUCUUCGUGUACUAACUUUCUUAAUAAAAGUAAUGAACCAGCUGCAGUAUUUACAAAUACUACAUCAUUUGUUGGUAUACGAGCUAUAAUUAAGCCAUUUUGUCAGUGUGAACAGAGGUUACCCUCUGUUAUAACUUGCUUUAAUGGUGGUACUCCGACAACAGAUGGCACUGGGUGUGAUUGUCCAGCUGGUUAUGAAGGACCUCGUUGUGAAGUAUUAAGUAUUGGUUUUUAUGGUCAUGGCUAUGCUUUGUAUCCAUCUUUACAAUCAUGUAUGGAAUCUCAUAUGUCAUUAGAAGUACGUUCAAAUACUGAUGAUGGACUUUUGUUUUAUGCUGGACCCAGCAGUAUUAAACCAUCCCCUCUAGCGGUUCAAGAUUUUAUGUCAUUGGAAAUUAGAAAUGGAUAUCCUGUACUUCUAGUUGACUAUGGUUCAGGUACACUUAAAAUUGAACAGAAACAAAUUAAAAUAUCUGAUGGUGAAGUGCAUAGAAUUGAAAUUAUUUGGACAAAAACUAGCAUUGAAAUGAAAGUAGACAAUUGUAAUCUUCCAUCAUGUCUCAGUCUCAGUCCUCCAAUUGGUCCUAAUGAAUAUUUGAAUGUCAAUGGUCCUUUGCAACUUGGAGGAUCAUUUUUAGACCUUAACUCUGUAGCAUCUACGCGUAAUUGGACAUAUAAACCAUAUUCAACAGGAUUCAAUGGUUGUAUUCGAAAUUUAACUUUUAAUGGUCGUUUAUACAACUUAGGCUCACCUAGCUUAUCACAAGAUGUUGAUUUUUCAUGUACACGUGGCACUGCUGUGGCUGUAUCAUUUGGAAUUGAUGCUAGUUUUUUGAUAGCUAUAUUUGUUUGCCUAGCGAUCCUCUUAAUAUUAUUAUUGGCUGUUGUGGUACACCGAAGAAAAGCUGAUGAUUUAUAUAAAGAUACAGAUGAUAUAAGAGAAAAUAUAAUUAAUUACGAAGAUGAAGGAGGUGGCGAAGGUGAUAUGACAGGAUAUGACUUGAAUGUUUUACGCUUAAUGUAUGAUGGAUCGGAACCAAUGCAAGGAUAUGACAAUACUGGAAAUCAUUUACAUAAAAGAGCUCCUGAUGAGGUACCAGAUAUUUGUGGCUUCCUCGGAGACAAACUACAUUCUGUAGAUAAUGAUCCAGAUUUGGGACCAUAUGAUGAUGUACGAAACUAUAUGUAUGAAGGAGAAGGAAAUUCAGUUGGAUCUUUAUCAUCCUUAGCUUCAGGUACAGAUGAUGGUGACCUUAAUUUUGAUUACUUAUCCAAUUUUGGUCCACGAUUCCGUAAACUAGCUGAUAUGUAUGGAGAAGAUCCUAGUGAUGAAGAAAGUGAAACAUACCGUAACGCCCAUCCAGAGUCAUGGUGCUAAUAGUCAGUCUACAAUUGUUUUAAUUAACCAGUUACCGGUGCAAAANGUGGU